GGAAAAGUCAUUAUUUUUGCUUCUGAAUUCAACAUCCAUUAUGGUUCCAACGCCACAAAGUUAGAAAAUUGGCAGGUACUGUGCUUCGAACUGGGCAUUUGUCAUUCGAUUGAGAGCAUUUCUAAGUGCCGCAAGGCACUUGGCAGUGUCCACGUCAACUUGGUUAACCUAGUUGAUUCUCGGCGAACCGGUCAAAAGGUCGAACAAUUCCCAAGUGUCGCAGCGCUUAGGAAAUAUACAAGGGAAAUGAACAAGAUUUUCCCUAGAUCAGCUGCAAAAGAAGACGGCUUUCUGAAGGCGCUAUUACGCGUGAUAUACUAG